UACGAUAUAGUGCAUAUCUUCCAUUGAGCGUAACGACGUAGCGUACGUACGCUUAUCUGUCAAAAGUGACAAGUGUGAAAUCGGAUCGGAAUCGCGAUAACCGAUACCGUGGCCUCCACGUCUCCACGUAAAAUUCGUGCGACGCGAUGGCUCACUGGUUUCAUCGCAAUGUGCUAAAAGCGACAACGAGCCAAAAAUUCGAGCUGAAAGUCUCGAAUCCUACGGACGCCACCAGGAAGCUCUGCAGUGACUUGAAGCUGUCAAGAGCAAGACUUUUAGAUUUGGUCAAAAAUGCAAAUAAUACCAGUGAUACAAUAGAACCUGCAUUUCUUAGUUAUCUGAGUUUGUUGUAUGGCUUUUUGUGGGAAGUUAAACCAUCUGAAGAAGAAGCACAACAUGUUGGUAGACCCAAUCCCAGCAAACUCAGAAAUGUCCUUGUAUUUAAGUGGACUCAAACGUUACUUGGUGGAGGCACAUUCUCCAGUGCUGAUUCUGUUUAUGAAGCAGCUAACAUGAGCAUCAAUAUAGGUCUUUGGUUCAUGAAGCAUGCAGCUAUGAUUGCGGCAAAAGAUGACAUUACAAUGAACGAGGCUAAAGAAGUACACAGCAUGUUAAGACGAGCUGCAGGAAUAUUUACCUUUGUACAGACUGAGUUUUUGCCACAAUUGGAUAAUCCACCUCCAUUAGGAAGUGAUUUAGAUCCUCGUGUCCUAAAUGCAUAUGUUAAUCAAUGUACAGCAGAAGCACAAGAAGUGACAGUGGCUAGAGCAAUAGAACUCAAACAUAAUUCUAGCUUGAUAACAGCUUUAGCUAAUGAGACUAGUAAACUAUUUUUGGAUGCUGCUAACACUCUACGUCCAUUUAAGGCAGAAAUAUCUGCCCAAUGGAUAAAAUACUUGGAACUAAAAGCAGCAUUUUACCAGUCUUAUGCUUAUAACUAUUGUGGUGAAAAUUUAUUAGCAAUGGAUAAAUGCGGCGAAGCGAUACGAGCGAUGCAAGAAAGCGAUUCAUGUUUAAAGAAAGCAAAAGUGUUAUGUCAAGAAUAUGGGAAAACACAUGGACCUGCGCCUCGCGUUAAACCAGAUCAGCAUGCAGUAUUUAAGCGCUUAGCACCUAUAGUAAAACUCACUCUCGAUAAAUGUAACCGAGAGAACGGUUUGAUAUAUCAUCAUACAAUACCGGGAGAAGUUCCAACUUUGGAUACAAAAGCUACUUAUGGCUUAGUCAGCCCAAUCGACUUCCAGAUGCCGUCACCAAACUCCACUUGGAAUUUGGGCACGUAUAAAGUAUUAGCUGGAAUAGCGGCAGCAAAAGUAGGAAAGGAACAAACUCUACCACCAGUUAAAGAAGACGCAAUUCAUCAAAGUAGUAAGGAACCGAAAAAUGAAAGUGGUUGCAUUUUACAAUAAGAAUCUUCCUGCAAUGAUAUGACUUAUAAAUGCUUUCUUUUUUUUUGUUACAGUGAUAUUAAUUUUAAUUGCAAUAAUAAACAUGUGUAGGAACAGUGUACAAGUAGAUGACAUAUAUAUGUCACAAGUACAAAUUAUGUUGUGAAACAAAGCAUCAAUUGUUAGAUAAAACUAAAAAGUAUAAGAUAUUUAUUUUGCAAACAUGCUUAUAUAAUUUA